CUACCUUGAGACUCCACUACUUCAAUCCAAAACACAACACAUUUCUGCAAUUUUCCCUCUCAAAAACCUCAAAUUUAAUACAUCAAUGGCGCCAAAGGCAGACAAAAAGCCAGCAGAGAAGAAACCGGCCGAUGCUGAAAAGAAGCCGAAAGCUGAAAAGAAACUCCCCAAAGAAGCAGCACCAGGGGAGAAGAAGAAGAAGAGAUCAAAGAAGAGUGUAGAAACCUACAAAAUCUACAUCUUCAAGGUUCUGAAACAAGUUCAUCCCGAUAUCGGUAUUUCGAGUAAGGCAAUGAGCAUAAUGAACAGCUUUAUCAAUGACAUUUUUGAGAAGCUUGCUCAAGAAUCUGCUCGUCUUGCGAGAUACAAUAAGAAGCCUACUAUCACUUCUCGUGAAAUUCAGACUGCUGUUAGACUUGUUUUGCCUGGUGAAUUGGCUAAGCAUGCUGUUUCUGAGGGUACUAAGGCUGUUACUAAGUUUACUAGCUCUUAAUUUAGGGUUUUGAGUAUUAAUGUUUUACAUUUUUUUUCAGUUCAUGUUGCUGGAUUAUUAAGGAAUUGAUGUAUAGUUUUGCUUGGAAAUCAAUGGAAUUAUCACAUUUUGCUGGCUAAUUUGAUGAAUUAGUUCAA